UCGCAUUGAAAGGGCACCAUCCGGAUACUUUUUUCAAACGACGGUUACUUUUGGUGUUGAAGCUGCAUGAAGUUGGGGUUGGUAGUGGGGCUCGAUGGCGCCGGCAAGACGAUGCUGUUGCGACAGCUUAGCCGCAUGUGCAAGGACGAAUUCCACAACCCCAAGCUCGGCUCCGUCUUUGAGAAGGUCCGCACCCGCCUGUUCGCGGACUCUGCACCUGCUGCCGAAGUCGACGGCAUCGAUGUCGCGACCCUACCAACGACAGGAGUGGAAGAAGAGACGAUCGCAUACCGCAACUUGGCAGUCACACUGCGAGAAGUGGGCGCGCCGAUGCUGUCCAUGUGGAAAUCGUACUUUGAAUCAUGCGAUUUCUUCAUGUUUGUGGUGGACAUGACCAACUUUCCGCAAUUGGCCGCCGCCGCCGUCGAAUUCUUCAACGUCGUGCAGGCCCCCGCCAUGCAAAGCAAGGGAUGCGCCGUGCACCGUGUCCACGCAAUGGUUGCGGUCUCUCUUCAGCCUCGAUCAAGUGUGCGCGUCCAUGAACAUCCACGUGAUUCAGAUCAGCGCCACGACCGGCGACCACCUGGACUCGCUGCUCACGACGAUGGCUAUGAAGCUCCAGUCCACACGAUAUAGCCAACGGCUGACCCAGUUCCGUGACGCCGGUCAAAACCGCAUCCACCCCACCACCACCACCACCACCACCA